AUGAUUGACAAGGGCCGUCUCCAGCAGCUUGUAGAGACACGGCAGCGCUUAGCAGCUUCUCGCGGCUUCACCAUCGAUUAUCAGAACGAGCAGGCAUCACAGGGAAAUGUCAAAUGUUAUAAAGAGCUGGCACCCCCGACAUAUGAAAAACAUGAUCGAGCAGUCGAAAACUGGAUAGUUUGGCACCUUUCAAGCAACGAGAAUCACGAAAAGUACUUCUCCAAGGAUGAACCCGAUCCGUCGCCCCAAAUCUUGAAGUUAUUCGCUGAGUACUUUAUUGCAACACGGACGAACAUUCCUUCCCAGAGGACAACCUGUGAUAACCUAACCAACUUUACUUCUUGCUGGGAGCGAAAAACAAACAGAACACUGUCUCUUGAAGUUAAGAAAGAUGUCCUAAAUAGACGGAGUCUGCUGACGCGAGUUCAGUAUAUACGGACCAAACUUACACGAAAAUAUGGACUGCCUACCAAACCGAGAGAGCGGUUCAUCGUGACAGCUAAAGAUAUCGGUUACCUUCUUCGCCAUCUGUUCGAGAAUGAUGACCACGAUUAUUUACAUGAACGAAUGAGAGUUCAGAUAGGCUCCGCACUGUCUCUGUUCGCUGGCUCAGGGGCGCGGGCAGGUGCAGUUGUUGAAUCGAGCUCUUACCGUAAUACAAAUGAGUGUCUUUGUUACAAGCACCUUACCUUCAACCUAAAAUGGAGCGAGAAUGGUUCAAUCAAGCGAUGGGUAGUAAUAGAUUCUGAAUUCCUGAAAGGAUGGCGUUACCGAGACGAUACUAAGUUGCCGAAGAACUGGUUCCGGGAGCAUCCUGUGCUUGGGAUGAACUUUGCCUUUUGGGUUAUUGUCCAUGGAAUUGCAGAUGGCGCAUUUAAGGGUAUUUCCUCAGUUGAUGAGCUCUUGUCGAAACGGCCUCCACCAGGAAGAGAAUCCUUCACGCUUCAGUGGACAGAUCACGCCAAUGAACUUCCUUUUUUCCGCAAGGUCACAUCGCAGGGGCCUGAAGAAAAAAAAGGAUUGACAUUCUCUUCACUUCAUCAUAAUUUUACAAGCCUGGCUGAACGGGACGGAUUUAAAGACCGCCUUCGAGUCCACGGAAUCAGAGCGGGAGUAGCAAAUAAGAUUGACCCUAAGGCAUCUGAGGCUACACGUAGCCAAGGACUUGACCACCAGAAACAUGAAACGUUUCUUAAGUAUCAGUCUGAACUGAAAACUUUAGAUAUACAGGCAUUAUAUUACGACAUGGAGCCGGAUUACGAGUGCCGUGAGAUGGAACAGAGUAUGGCCCAUCAUCGGGACCCUAACGUCCCACGGCAUCUUAAUGCUGCUAAACUAGCCGAAUUUGAACACGAUGAUGAAACUAUGGCCCUUAAUGAGAAAAUUGCGGAGCUAACAAAGCAAAUCGGGGGUCAACCUGAAACUCAUAAAGGCCUUGUCCUCGAGCGAAACCUACUUUAUAGCAGAAAAGCUAGAAAGCUCAGAGAAAAGCAUGCAGAAUUUGCCAAACAAUGGUGGGACACAGCCUAUGACGAAUACAUUGCAGGAAAUGACUUCACAGAGCGAGAUACAACAUGCCUCUUUAAUAUUUACAGGAAGUACAUGCCUGAACGAUCUCGAAUUCAGGAAGCCUUGUUCAAAAAAGUGCCUCUCGAUAGUGAAGAAGGAAAGCAAUGCCUGCAUGAUAUGGUCGCCCUGUGCAUGUCUACUGAGAAAGUUGCAUAUUAUCCCGGAAUGACUCCUGUGAAUGGAUUUUGUCCGGUUUGCCAACUGCCAAUGUCAAGAGCCGUGCAAAACACAUUUUACAAUGUCAAAGAAAGUCUUUGA